AUGUAUUUUUCAGAUUACAGCUGGGAAGUUAAAGCCAACAACAGAUCUUUCCAUAAAACGGCAAAGAAGAAAGGGUUCCUCUGUUUUCAGAAGAAUAAGUAUGCGAAUAAUCGGAUUAAGACUGCUAAGUACAAUGUGCUCACCUUCAUACCGUUGAACUUGUUUGAGCAGUUCCACAGGGCUUAUGUGAUCUACUUCUUAUGUGUUUUCAUCUUGCAGUGUAUUCCACAAAUAUCCACUUUCAAUUGGAUUGUGUUCCUGAUACCACUACUUUGUAUUUUGCUUGUUCGAGCACUUAGAGACUUGAUAGAUGACAUAGCUCGUCACAGAAGUGACAAAUUGAUUAAUAACAAACCUUGUAAGAUUCUGGAAGGACAAAGUCUACAGGUGAAGAAGUGGAAGCACAUUCAAGUUGGUGACAUUGUCUGUGUGCAAAAAGAUGACUUUGUGCCAGCAGAUAUGUUACUGUUAUACAGUACAGAACCAAAUAGCCUUUGCUAUGUAGAAACAGCAGGGAUUGACGGAGAGACGAACCUCAAAUUUCGUCAAUCCCUAGCGGUCACACAUUCUGCCCUGAAUUCUGAGAGUGCACUUGCUGAUUUUGACGGUUUGGUGACAUGUGAAUUUCCCAACGUUAAUUUGCACAAGUUUGUGGGCACCCUGGCCUGGAAAGACAAAACAUACCCUCUGAAUAAUGACAAUAUUCUGCUACGAGGCUGCAGAAUCCGCAAUACAUUAAGCUGCUAUGGUCUUGUCAUUUAUGCAGGCUUUGACACUAAAAUAAUGAAGAAUUCUGGUAGGGUCUGUCUGAAAACCAGCAGGCUGGACAGCGUUAUCAACAAAACAGUGAUAUAUGUAAGAAUAGCUGUUAUGUUGAUUUGUUCAUCAUUUUUCUUGGCUAUCGGGGCUGGCGUCUGGGAUUAUCGGUAUCUAAAGAAGCACACCUACCUGCCUGCUCAUCCCACAAUGUCAUCUGCCACCUUUGGGUUUACAGUGUUUUGGAGUUACUCAACUGCCAUGGGUAUAACUUCAGGUACAGAAGAAGACAACAAGUUUCCAGAGGUGAGAUUUGACUGGAAUAAAUAUGCUGACUGUGGUUUCAAGUUCUAUGACCAGUCCCUAGUGGAUGAAGUUCGUAAAGAUGAAGAUCCUCUCAUACGUGAAUUCUUUAAGAUGAUAGCUCUCUGUCAUACGGUUAUGGUGGAUGAAAGGCCAGGUAGCCUAGUAUACCAAGCUGCCUCCCCAGAUGAGGAAGCCCUUGUUACAGCUGCCAGAAAUUUUGGCUACGUUUUUCUUUCCCGUACUCAGGAUACCAUCACAAUAAGUGAACUGGGGAUAGAGAAAACCUACAGAAGCCUGGCAGUCCUGGAUUUCAGCAGCGUGCGGAAGAGAAUGUCUAUUUUAGUCAGAGAACAAGACGGGAAGAUAAAACUUUACACAAAAGGAGCCGAUGACAUCAUCCUACAGCGUAUCCAUGCCAGCUGCCAAACUGAUAUUCUUGUGGGUGCUCUGGAUGGUUUUGCAGUGGAAACUCUAAGGACCCUCUGUCUUGCUUACAAAGAAGUGACAGAGUCAGAUUACGCAAAGUGGAUUUCAAAACAUCAAGAAGCUUCAGUAUUGUUGCAAAACCGUGAAGAACGUCUAGAAGAGGUGUAUGAAGAAAUAGAGACUGAUCUGCAGCUUUUGGGAGCCACAGCCAUAGAGGACAAGUUACAAGAUGGUGUUCCGGAAACUAUACAACUCAUGAAAGAUGGCAAUAUAAAGAUUUGGAUGCUCACAGGAGACAAGCAAGAGACAGCGGUGAACAUUGCUUACUCCUGCCAUCUUCUGUCUGACAACAUGGAGAUUAUUGACGAGAGCUCACUAUGGAGCUUAAUUAAUGAUUCUGUGGAAGGUGCUUCAGGUGGGAACAAACUGGCAGAUUUUCCAGAAUCAGAAGUCUCCUGGAAUCACAGAGCUUUGGUCGUUACUGGAGACUGUUUGAGCAGAGUGAUGGAUUCUGACAGUGAACAAAUGCCUGAGGUGCCCUGGUGGAAAAACAUGGCUGGGAUUUUGAAAAGGAUGGGCAAAAUAAGGCAAAUCAAUAACACUAAACUGGCAUUUCUGGAGCUAGCAUGUCAGUGCCAUUCUGUCAUCUGCUGUAGGGUUACUCCAAAACAAAAGGCCAGCAUCGUGGAGCUCGUAAAAAAUAAUAAGAAGCUCGUCACUCUUGCAAUUGGUGAUGGUGGAAAUGAUGUCAACAUGAUAAGAACUGCUCAUAUUGGUGUUGGCAUCAAUGGGAAAGAGGGUGUCCAAGCUGUCCUUGCCAGCGAUUUCUCUGUUGCUCAAUUCUCCUACCUCCAAAGGUUGCUUUUUGUUCAUGGACGUUGGUCUUGUUUGCGUUUAUCCAGUUUCCUGUGUUACUACAAUUAUAAGACUUUUGCUAGUUUGAUACAUAACAUCUGGCUCGCAUUUUUCAGUUGUUUCACCACUCUGCCUGUUUAUGAUACCUGGUUCCUGUUGUUUAAUGCUAUGUUAUACACACUCUAUCCAACGUUUUGCAUUGGCAUCCUAAACAAGUUGGCAUAUUUAAAGAAAACAAUUGGAAGAAAAAUAGUUUCCUUUGUAUUGUUGACUGAUGGUGACACUUGGUUUCCAGCUGUGCUCAACAAAAACACUGGAGAACCUUCAGGUGAUAUGGACAGCAGAAGCAGCCUCCAGCAUCCUGAGCUAUAUAUCAUUACCCAGAAAGAUUCACACAUUGGCUUAAGGGUGCUCUGGUAUGUCCUUUAUGGGUGCUACACAUCACUGGUGAUGUUCUUCAUUCCUUUUGGAGCUUUUUAUGACUCUGCUGGUCCUGGGGGCAUUUUUGAUUAUCAGGUUUUUGUGUUUACCAUGGGAAUCAUUUGUAUUUUUGCUGUUCUCUCUGAGGUACCAGUAAAACAGAAAAGCCAGGAAGUGUGUACUGAGUUUAGAAGAGCGGCCACCACAAGACGGUCGAGCUAUGCAUUUUCACAUAGUCAGGGCUAUGGUGAUCUUCUUAGCAGCGGGAGAAGUCUGAGGAAGACCCAAACUCAACAGGGUGGAGCUAAUCAACAGGAGACGCAAGAGAAAAACUCUAACUCUAUCUAA